AUGAAUAAAAACGACUCGAUCAGCUCUGAGACACAGGAAUCAUUGUUGUAUUCGGCCAGACAUGGAGAAUUGUCGGUGGUCAAGGCUUUGCUAGAUGCAAAAAAUGAAGGAAAGCUUACUUUGGAUAUAAAUUGUAAAGGAAAAAAUAAGACAAACUUAGGAUGGACACCACUGCAUUUGGCGACAUACUUUGGCCACACAGAAGUGGUAAGAGCUUUGUUAGAAGCGGGAGCUAAUGUUGACGAGGUCAAUGACACUGGUGACACAGCAUUACAUAAAGCAUCGUUUAUUGGCAAUGAGGACCUCGUCAUUCAAUUGAUUAAACACAAGGCAGAUGUCAACAUAAUGAAUGGCGAAGGGAAGACGCCUUGUGACAUGUCAAAAACUAGGGAUGUUCAACGUUUAUUGGAAGCGGCUGAAAGAUCUGAGAGGCACGAGCGAGAGCGGCUACUUCUGACUGCCGCUAGGGAAGGCAGGAUUGAUGAUAUACAAGAACUGCUAAGCAGUCCAAACACUCCAAACAUCAACUGCGUAGAUGCACAAGGCAACACGUGUUUGCACUGUGCAGCUUACAGAGGGCACACUAGACUGGCUGUGUUACUACUUCAGAAUGGUGUUGACACUACUCUGAGGAAUAAUUGCGGUCAGUUAGCUAUCGACAUGGCUAAAGACACGGAGAUGCGCGAGGUCCUGAGCGUCCGUCCAGUACAAAGGUUACAAAGAACGGCUGCUAGGUUCGAAGGACCACUGCUUAAGAGGUCUCGCUUCUUAGGAUGGAGAACUGUUUGGGCGGUACUACAACGUGGAGUGCUUCUGUACUACGGGUCCCGAGCAGAGGCGGCUCGGGGCGGGACGCACUGGCGCGGCCGCAAGUACCUCGACGCGGCUUCGCUCAACGUCUCCGACACUGAACCCGCGCUCAUCGUACUCCACUUUAGCGAUGGCGAUACUCACCGACUGGCUGUCCCUCAGGGGGAUAGAGACAUCGCCGUAGCUAGACAGUCUUGGGUAACAGCUCUUAACGAGCACAUCGCUUACUCCGGUCACUAUUUAUGGGCGGGGGCAUCCCCUGACACAGCUAGAGAGGCAACUGAGGACUUGGAGGACGAAUGUAAACCCUUAGGUUCAAUGCAAGACUCCUUAACGGCAGCUACCAACAGUCUAGCGCUGCUGGACACUCAACUGAGGGAGUGCGCGGCCAUCGUCGCCGCGCUGGACAAGAGUAUCAACGUUGGCAACUCGCUACAUCAUUCCGCUUAUAUGAGGUUCCAGCACGCCUGCGGCACAGGUUCCGAGGCUCUGUCUGCGCUGCGGCACUGCGCCGCACUCGUGGCGCAGGCCAGGGACGCAGACUCCGCGCGACUCACUAGAGAGGUGCGUAUACAUGUAGCUCGCUCGGCUCUGUCUGCACUCGUGGCGCAGGCCAGGGACGCAGACUCCGCGCGACUCACUAGAGAGGUGCGUAUACAUGUAGCUCGCUCGGCUCUGUCUGCACUCGUGGCGCAGGCCAGGGACGCAGACUCCGCGCGACUCACUAGAGAGGUGCGUAUACAUGUAGCUCGCUCGGCUCUGUCUGCACUCGUGGCGCAGGCCAGGGACGCAGACUCCGCGCGACUCACUAGAGAGGUGCGUAUACAUGUAGCUCGCUCGGCUCUGUCUGCACUCGUGGCGCAGGCCAGGGACGCAGACUCCGCGCGACUCACUAGAGAGAUAGAACGCAACAGGGUGUUAGAAGAGGCUUUGGCAGCGCUGGCAAGGACACAUCACGCGCUAGAAAUGUCCGUCGCCGAAGAACUCACUAAGAGUAAGAGAAAGAAAAAAUCAGCUUCACAUUCGACGCUAAAUGAGUCUAAAGACAAUUUCUUUGAUGUAUUUGAAAAUUCAGACGAUGAAGACGAUACUUUAGUGACGGCAGGGCUAUCAAGCCCGCUUGGAGCUUUGAGCCCGUGGGGCAGCAGCCCUGACCUAACACGAUAUACGCCUAUAGGUAGUGUCGAUGGUGACAAGACCCCAACGAACGAGGAGGAGGAGUGGUCCCCCGGGUCGGGCGGGUCGCUGCGCACGGCGCUGAGCGGCGCCAGCUCGCGCGGCACGCUCGUGUCGCAGGGCGGCCACGUGUACAGGAACGCGCGGCCCUACCGCAAGAACACGCACCCCAGUUCUCAGUGGUCACUUUAG